AUGCUGAAGCACAAGAAGAAUCAGCCGACACCGCAGGAAAUAUAUCGGGCGAGGAAACAGCGGGAGGAGGAAGAGAAGGACGCGAAUCUGCCUCCGGGCCUCAUAAACCAUGGGAACACUUGUUUCAUGAACUCUACAUUGCAGGGGCUUAUGGCCACCGAGCUCUUGCACAACCUUGUAAACUUCCGAUCUGUACCCGCUUCGCUCAAAAGCACACUCGGCACGUCCAUCGUGGCGCAGAGAUCGCCUCAGUUAACUAACGGACACGGCCUUGGAGGACAAUAUGAACAUGCGAAGGUGGAGGAUAUGCCUCUCGGUGAUACUUUCAUCGAUGUGAUGCGCAAGGGAUGGGAUAUCCAGGAGAGCCAGCGGCGCGAGAGCAUGAGUCCAAAAGAGCUUCUGUUUACGAUGGGCAAGAAGUACGACCAGUACAUGGACUUUCGACAACAAGAUGCUCAUGAGUUUUUGCGACAUAUGCUAGACGCGAUGCGUAUGGAAGAAAUGGACAUAAUCAAGAAGCGUCAACCACCGCCACCAGUGGAGGAAUCACGGAAGCGGGGGCGCAAGAAACGUAUGCUCCCUCCCGCGCCCAUCUCCGGUGAUGAUGAAAAGCUUGCCUCCUUCGUGGAUAUGCUAUUUGGUGGACGGCUGGCGAGCAUCUUGGUGUGCGAGAAAUGCCAGAAGGUUUCACUCACAUACGAGGAUUUUAAUGACUUGAGCCUGAGCAUCAAGCCGGAAGACUACGUCAAGGACCGAAAACGUGAUCGGCUUAAGCAAUUUGCGCGAAAGUUGCGAGGACCAUUCCGACAGCCGGGACAGGAAGGACGCGACAGGCUUGGACAUCGAUCAUCGUCGGUUCCUGCGGAUCCGCUCAGGCGCAGUCUUGAAGUUCCGAGACCAGAAGAUGAUCCUCCACUGAACGAGGGCCCGCGCAGGCGCAGUAUCGAUCACGUAGAAGAGGAGGAUGCUGAAGUUGAGGAAGGAAGGAAUGUCGUGCGGGAACUGCCCAAGGCAAGACCUACCGAUGCGAUCGCCAUAGAAGAUGAAGAAUUGGGAAGUGGCGAGGACAAGGAUGAGAAGCCGGCUGAGCUCUUAAAUUACACCAGAGUCAAAGUUGACCACGAAAGCAAGAGCGGUAAGGACAAGGAGAGCAAGGAGAAAGAAGAUCCAUGGGGUAAACUCGGGCGGCGAAUCAGCGUUUCAAUGAGAAAGGGUAUGAAAGUUCUAGAUUCAGGAAGCCCUAGCCGCUCAGUUGAGCGAGGCAGAAAUGCUCGUACUAAGAGAGUGGACCCCAUAACUUCUUUGAAGAGUGAAAGCGCAGACAUGCCCCAUUCUUCCCCCGCCAGUACCAUACAAGCAGACGACAGCAGUAGACCGGACUUGAACGACGCACUACUGGAAGCUGCUGCACGUCUGCGCUUGGCUUCAUCUUCUCCCGCCCCCAAUGUUUCAUCGCCUCUCAGAACUCCCCCACUUGCAGUAGCCAGUCGGCCCGUACCGUCAAGACGUAGCACGGCUCUGUCAGGUAAGCGGAAGAAGUCGCCGCUCGCACCGAAACCUACUCGUCAAGAGGCCGCGUAUCUGAAACAACUUCUGGCCGACGUCCAAAAUCCCUCGGCCAACCCACUGUCAAUACUUCACCAGGCAUUUGUGGCAGGUGGUCAUAGUGUUCAUAUCACGCCCGCCGCGGCUGCCUGGGCAAAGAUAGGGCACUUACCUGGGAUCGAAGAAUGUUUACGGAUGUUCACUGCCGUCGAGCUGUUAGACGGCGAGAACAUGGUCGGAUGCCGUCGAUGCUGGAAGAUCGCGAAUGGCACGUACAAACUACGGCGCCGAGAUGAUAUAGAUGCGGAGGACGACGAUGCCGCGAGCGAGGGUGAGGAAAGUGAGGGCAGUCCCGCGAAGUGUAGUGCCGACGUCAAAACUAUUGUGGCUAUACAGGACGUCCCAGCGACCAACUCCAGAGAAUCAUUUUUCUCGUCACCAGAGCGUUCUGCAAGUAACCCCACAUCGCCUACGGGUUCUACGCCAAAGAGUUCGACCUCUCUGUCAGAUCAUCUAUCAGAUUCAACGUCCACAACUGCCCCAACAACUACAGGGUCGGGGUCUCAAGCACCGAACAGUCCACCUUUGGACGCUCCGAACAAGCUUGACAUGCUUUCACCACUUGUGUCGCCAACACGCCCCACUACGUACAGUGGAUUGCCUAUCCCACUGAUAUCUACCACAGGUCCCGAGUCGCCCAUCACCUCGCCUGCGCACCGCUCUGAGACUCACGAGGCCUUGAGCAGACCUACAAGCCCGAGUCUCGGUGUCGCAUUUCCCGAUAAUAUUCUGCUUGCACCAGGCGGCAAAUACCGUGCGAAGACCAAAGUGGAUGGCAACACGACAGAUGACUCGUACGAUUCAGAUAGCGAUAUUUCUGUAAGCACAUCAGUGUAUUCGGAUGCCUCUUCCGUCGCAUCCCUAGGAGCGUCGCCCACUGUGUCCCCAAGAGCAUCCCUUGAAAACCUAUCUACAGGUGUUGCCAGCUCGGAUCUCUCGAAGGUCGCCUCGUCUGGUGCAUCGUCCUCCAAAGUGUCUCGCGCUAAGCAGGUGGUAUUGCGACGCAUGUAUAAGCGAUAUUUAAUCUCGGAUCCCCCGCCUGUACUUGUCGUACAUCUGAAACGAUUCCAGCAGACAUCAAAGAUGUACUCUGUGUCUUUUUCGGGCGGUGUAAAGAAGCUUGACGAGUUCAUCGCUUUCCCAGAGUUGCUAGACUUAACACCCUUUCUUGCCCCGAGGAAAGAAGACUUUGGUUUAGACAAGGCUAGGAAGAGCAACUUCAAAGCAUCUAGCGCACCUUCGAGAUGUAUGUAUCGACUCUACGCAGUAGUGGUACACAUCGGCAAUAUGUUGGGUGGACAUUAUGUUGCCUAUACCGCGCUGCCACCAUCGCAUCCAGUAUCCAAGCCUUCUGCUUCGAAUAGUUCCAUUGCUUCCGAGCCUAUCGUUUCUCCAAAUGCCCUCCCACAAACAAGCAUACCGGAACAGGCGCUCAAACCUGCCCGGCAGUGGGCCUACAUUAGCGACACAGUAGUACGACUCACCACCAUCGAGGAGGUUCUGAAGGCGAAAGCAUAUAUCUGUAUGUAUGAACGUAUUUGA